AUGCAGAGGCUUCGUCUGCACCUCUUGCUGCUGCUGCUGCUCUCACUGCCGUUGCUACGGCUUACACCGCAUGCUGCUGCUGCUGCUCCUUCUACUACUGCAUGCGGGUCCCCCCUCAGCUGCUGGAGAACCAGCAGCAGCAGCAGCAGCAGCAGCAACAGCAGCCACCAGAGUUUGCCUCCGUCUGCUGCUCUGAGCACUGGACCCACUCCUGCAUUUGUUGCAUCAAGGGGGCCCCCUGGGGGCCCCCGCCCCUCUCCGUUGUCUGCAGCCCGCCGGCCGCGAGUUAGCUCACAGGGCCCCACUGCAGCACGUCAGCAGCAGAAGCAACGCCAGCAGCGGCGUCAGCAGCAGCAGCAUCCACAGCAGCAGCAGCGGCGCCAGCAGCAGCAGCAGCAGCGGCAGCGGGGAGGAGCAGCAGAGCCAUAUGAUGCAGGGAUACAAGAGGGUGAGGCAGAGACCCCAACAAACUCACUCAGGGGCCUCCUCACCUCGCUGGGGGGCCCCCAGGGUCUGCUGCCGUUUGGGGGCCCCCAGGGGCCCCACUCUAAACCCAUACUGGGCGUCCCCAUUGCUGCUGCUAUCUCUAACAGCAACAGCAGCAGCAGCAGCAGCAGCAGCAAGCUGCAGCAAAUCCUCAAGUCAGGCGACUACAGCCGCCUCAGGCCAUCGUUCUUGGGGUCAUUCUUGCUGCCUACAAACCCCAGCGAGCAGCAGCAGCAGCAGCAGCAGCAGCAAACCAGUGGCGAAGCAGCCCGUGAGUCUUUUGCCCCCCACGGCGUUCCUGCUGCUGCUGCUGCUGCUGCUGCUGCUGCUGCUGAGGAAGACGAGGAGGCCGUAUCUGCUGCAGCUGAUGCACCCCGCAGCACGCUACGAGAGCGGCUGCUGCAGCAGCUGCUGAAGGGUCUGCUGCAGCAGCAGCAGCUCCCGGAGAUUGCUGUUGCUGGGCGCAGCAACUCGGGAAAAUCUUCGCUUAUAAAUGCCUUCUUUAAGCUCUGCAGCAGCAGCAGCAGCAGCAGAAGCAGCAGCAGCAGCAGCAGCAGCAGCAAACUGCCGCAUGCCCGUUCUUCUCGCACCCCUGGCCGCACCCAGGCCAUUGAUUUCUAUUUGUUCAGUGUUGCUGCAGCACCCGGACAGCAGCAACAGCAGCAGCAGAAGCAGCAGCAGCAGCAGCAGCAGCGGCAGCAGCAGCUGCUGCAGCGGGGGGCUCUUGUGCUUGCAGACCUUCCCGGCUAUGGGUAUACAGAGGGCAUCACCCCAGACAGGACGCGGCAGAUAUCACGCACAUUGGAGGUGUACAUACAGCGCAACCAGCAGCAGCAGCAGCAGCAGCAGCAGCAGCAGCAGGUGCUGCAGCAGGUGCUGCUGCUUGUAGAUGGUAGGAGAGGCAUAGGGGCCCACGAUGCUGCGCUGCUGCGGCUGCUGCAGCAGCAAAAAAUCCCCACAGCCAUUGCAAUCACCAAGGAAGACAGGCUGAGCGCCGCAGAGCUAGUGGACUUGGUGGAGAAUCUAUCGGAUUUUGAGCAGCUGGUGCUGCCGCCCCAUUUGCUGCAGCUGCGGCUGAAGCUGCUGCUGGAGCAGCAGAAACGCAGCAGCAGCAGAACCAAAGAGGACAGGGAGGAGAACACAGACUGCAGCAGCAGCAGCAGCAGCAGCAGCAGCAGCAAUGCAUCGGGGGGCCUGUUCUUCAACAGCUUUCAAAGGCCCCUUGUCUCAGAGACCUCGCCUCUAGCACAGCAGCAGCAGCAGCAGCAGCAGCAGCAGCAACAGCAGCACAAGUCGAAGCAGCAAGUUCCUGUCUUCCUCGUUUCAGCCCGCACAGGCUCCGGCAUAAAGCAGCUGUGGCAGCACGUCUUAAGGACAGCAGCAAAAGGUCCCCCCACUGCAAACUCAGCAGCAGCAGCAGCAGCAACAGCAGGUGCAGCAGCAGCCGGUGCAGCAGCAGCAGGUGAAGCAAAAGCAGCAGCAGCAGCAGCAGAACAGGCCCCCUCUACACCGAAACAACGCACAUAUAAGUCGAGGCGAAUGGCCUUGCUAUUGGCAGGCCCCCAGGAUAUGCCAGAUGAUUGCUUCUAG